AUGAAGCUUAUGUUGUCACCAGCUCCGAGCACAACCCUACAGUUGACACACAAGUUCUUGUCCCACAGUGUCACUCAGAACCAAGUGGCCGAGCUCCCUAAGCCGCAGCCACUCCCUGCUAUAAGUACGCCAAUGAUCACCGGUCCAUUUCUACCGGAGCCAGAGACUAAAGAAAAACCAGAGGAACCUCCAACAGAACACUUAUACAACCGAAACGUAUUAUGGACGUUUGAAGACAUCCAUAUGCUCAUAGGAUCCGAUUUGCCAAUCUUCGGUGAUAAAGACAGACCUUGCGUCAGCUUAAGGCUAAGAGACGCUAGGGAACCCAUCAAUGUCCUGACAGGCAUAGAUUACUGGUUGGACAACCUCAUGUGUAAUGUCCCGGAAGUUCUAAUGUGCUAUCACUUAGAUGGAAUAGUUCAGAAGUACGAACCAAUGAAGACAGAAGACUUACCCAACAUGGAGAACUCGAAAUUUUCCCCAAAAGUCAUUAGAAAUGUUGCUCAGAAUAUUCUGUCGUUUCUAAAGUCCAAUGCCACCAAGUCUGGACACACUUAUUGGCUAUUUAAAGGCCCUCAUGACGACGUCGUUAAACUUUACGAUUUGACAUCCCUAUGUCCAGACAGCUUAGAUAAUCCAUUCACGACGCCAGUGGCUAUGCUGCUGUAUAGGGUUGCCAGGAAUAUGCGCAUGACGAACAGGUCGAAACAUGUCAAACAAUUGUUAGAGCACGUGAUAAAGCUGUUGAAGGUGGAGAGGUACCCGCAAAUUGUGGCGUCGAGUCAUUACAUGUUGGCCGAUUUAUAUGUGCCAGCUACUACUAAUCCUGCAGAUCCCAAUUUUAAUGAUGAAAAUACUGAGUCAGAUGGCGAGAACGAAUUUUCUGAAUACCCAGAUCCGAAUGAUGAAAAUAUUUGUGAUCAGUCUGAAAAUUUAGACAAAACUGUAGACAGCGAGGAUCUGAACGAAUCGGAGAGCCAGAACAAUGAUGAGAAAUCACUUGCUGUGCAAAUCAGAGGACUGGCGCUCAAAGAGAUUGGGGAUAGAGUUAAAGAUAAUACUGGGGGCCCCAAACGCUCGAACCCGGGCGGCGAGGCGAUGGGCAAGGGCCUGCCGGAGCGCUGCGGCAAGGCGCUGCACCACGCGCUGCAGGGGCUGCUGGCGCUGCACAACCUCACCAUCCACAAGUGCAAGGAAGAAGAACGCGAACGAAUAAGACAACAAAUAAUAACUGAAGAACAACAUCCCAAAAUGGCGAAUCCGUACGAACCGAUCAAGAUGAGCUACGAACCCAUCUCUCAAACAAAAUCAAACUCUAAAGAACACACGUCUCGCAGCAGACGCCGGAAACGAGAGCGAAAAACAUCCGAAAAAACUUACAACUACCUUAUAGAAUCCAAUAGUAAUAUUGAUAAAAACGCGAUCCAAGUUCUUAAAGAGAAAAAAGUUUAUCCAACGUGGCACGAGCCAAAUCGUAACGACAAUUUCGCCUGGAAACUACAUUUAAAAACGUUGUUGUAUGAAAAUAUAUGCCUAGCUUACGCUACGUUGGCAGAAUAUAGCUACGCCGAAUCUCAUUACGGUUUUUCAUUGAAGUAUAUCGAUAUAGCGAGCAGGUGCCAAAAGCUUUUAUGCAACAUGAUCAUAAAAAGUAAUGUAGUGGAUGCCUCGUGUUUGAUAGGGAGGGUGGGCGAUAAUUAUUUUCAGAUGAGCAAAAACUGGCCCUGUUUGGAAAAAUAUAAGCAACAGUUUCAAAUGGACCAUGAUACUGAUAGCAAGAUUCGAUUGGAGAUUGAGAAUGACUUAGUGGAGGAAGUCGAAAACAUCACAGUCGAUGAUUUUGAUCUUGACAUAAGUUUCCCGACGAGCGAGAUCUCGGCGAUGCUGUGGUCGUGCGCGCUGUACUCGCGCGCGGCGGGCGUGGCGCGCGGCCGGCGCGGGGAGCUGCUUCGCCGCAAGGCCUCCGUCACCAACGAGCUCGCCGUGCGCUACAUGAACGAUGCGCAACAAAUAUACGCAAAAUAUGCAGAGGAACCCGAUCAACAGGAUUCCAAAGCUAAGCUGUUGCUCAAACAGUUCACUGUGAUGUCACGAAAGUCACUCGAAUGCCUGGACGAGGCCACCGAUAUCUUCAAGCAGGUCAACGAUAUACCAAACUUGGCACUGUUGUACUGUAACAAGGGAAGAUAUCUGAGGUUCAGGGCGCAUUGUGAUCAAGCAGCGUUCAGCAACGAGAAACGUCGCCUAUACAGCGAAGCGGAGGAUCUGUACAACACGGCUCUAAAGUUGCUCGGACCGCGAGAGACGUGUGGCGCCACUUCGGUCUGGGAAUUAGUGGCGUGGGAACUUUCUUGUCAUCUAUACACUAAAGCGGUUGUCAUGCAGGAUUCACCCGAAGCGUGUACCGAGGUGGCAAGUGUUUCUGACGCCUUGAAACACGCCCUAAAGCACUGCUUACUGAGCCCAGGGCCUCGGCAGUACUUGUACCAGUUCAGGGCGGCUAUGAUAUACCACCGGCUUGGUUCGCUGUACCAUUCUCAGUAUCGGAUAACCCAGGAAGAAGGUCCCAGACGUCGCACGCUGCUGAACGCGACCAGGUCGAACUACGAACAGGCCGCCAACAUGUUCGCGAGCCUGGAGGACGCCGGCAUGUUCCUCACCGUGCAGAUGGAACACGUUGCUGUUUUGGAGACACAGGCUGCAGUUUCACCCAACCUCAAACUCAAGUCCCUACAGUCAGCAGUCCAGCUCCUACGCCAGUGCCAUUCUAUUAUGAAACUCCUCAAAGACAAGGACCCAGUAGAACAAAAAGAGCCACCGAGGCCAGAGGAUAAUGAAGAAAGAGAUAUGCAAAACGAAUACAAUCUUCUCUCUCUCUAUGAAAAUAGACUGCAUUUUAUACUAAAGAGUAUCAUCCAGUACUGUAGAGGGAAAACUAAUAAAGAUUAUGAAAAAAUCGCGGAUUUGUACAAAAAACUGUACUGUGCUAGCCUCAAAAUUAAAAAAGAUAACGACAUAAAGUCGUAUGCGGCCAGUAUUUGUGACGUUCUAUUGUCGAUGGACGAUAUAAGCAAGGAGUUUGAAUAG